AUGACAUACAUACCAAGUAAAGAAAAUCCAGCAGAUGUUGCAUCCCGAGGGACAACACUGGAAACAUUAGCAACUGACUCUUAUUGGUGGCACGGUCCUAAAUGGUUGUUGAAGCCUACCUCUGAUUGGCCAACCGAUUAUAAAAAAAACGAUGAUAGCUCACAAAUAGUUGAAAUGGAAGAACAAACAAACAAACAAGACAAAAAAGAGACAAUGUUAAUGCAAACUAAAAUUAAUGCGGAAGAACAUAGUAAUAAUCCUCCAUUUGACAUUGACAGUAAAAGAUUUUCUUCUCUUACAAAACUGCUAAGAGUAACAGCUUUUGUGCUGCGAUUCGUACAGAAACUAAAGAAAGUUGAAAGAAAAUAUGGUUAUUUAGAAUGUGAAGAAUUGUUAGAAGCUGAGAACAUGUGGAUUAAGCAUAUUCAAGAAACUCAUUUUCAAAGUGACAUCAAUUCUAUUCGAGCUAAGAAAGGUACAAAUAGACAACAACAAUUAGGGCUAUUUCUUGACAAACAAGGGUUAUUAAGAUGCACUGGAAGGCUUGAAAAUGCAAAUUUAAGUGAAGGUGCCAGACAACCAAUACUUCUUCCAAGAAACGAUCAUUUUACUGAAUUGACUGUGGAAAAAAUGCAUAAAGAACUACUGCAUAGCGGUGUUUCGCAGACGCUUGCAACAACGAGGAAAAGAUUCUGGAUUUUACAUGGUCGUGCAACAGUGAAAAGAGUGUUAAAUAAGUGUGUUGUCUGCAGACGCCACGAAGGUGGUUGCUAUAAAAUGCCACCAUUGUGUUGUCUACCGAGGUCAAGAGUGACAGAAUCAGUACCAUUUUCAAGAACAGGACUAGACUAUUUUGGUCCAGUGUACUUGAAAACAACAACAGGUGACGAGAAAAAGGCAUGGGUAUGCUUAUUUACGUGCUUAGUAACUCGUGCUGUGCACCUUGAACUAGUUUGUGACAUGACCACAGAAGAAUUUCUCUUAGGUUAUCGUCGUUUCAUAGCUCAAAGAGGUACUCCAUCGCAUAUAAUUAGUGAUAAUGCAAAGCAGUUUAAAGCCGCUAGUUUAGUGAUAGAUAAGAUAUGGCAUUGUAUAUUACAUAGUCAUGAAGUUCAAAGCUACUCUGCAAAUGCAAACAUCCAAUGGAAGUUUAUAAUAGAGCUCGCGCCCUGGAUGGGAGGAUUUUACGAGAGGCUAGUCGGUCUUGUAAAAAGAUCAUUCAGAAAAGCUGUGGGGCGAAAACUCUUAACUAUCAUUCAAGCUCAAACACUUAUCAAAGAAAUUGAAGCCGUAGUGAACUCAAGACCUUUAGUCUAUAUUGGUGAUGAUGUAAACUCUACAAUUGCAUUAACACCGAGUCAUUUUCUUACGUUGAAUCCAAAGAUCGGUAUUCCACAAGUUUCGGACGAAAAUGACAGUGAAUAUUUGCCAACAGAAAGCUCUUCGGAAAAGUUGUUGAAAAUUUGGAAGAAAGGUCAAAAACUUUUAAACAAAUUUUGGCAAAUAUGGAAGAAUGAUUACUUACUAAGCUUACGAGAAAGAAUGCAAACACGUCUGAAAGCAAGUCGUAUUCAGUCGCCUGUAAAUCCAACAAUUGGAGAUAUUGUUAUUGUAAAAGAAAACUUUUCUCGAGGCAACUGGAAACUGGCAAAAAUUGAGAAGUUAAAUGUCAGUCGAGAUGGUGCUAUAAGAUCAUGUCAAAUAAAAUUGGCUUCAGGAAAUGUUCUGAAUCGUCCAAUGAAUUUACUUUUUCCCAUUGAAACGACUCAAAAUGAUAUAGUUACAAAAGAAAAAAGUGAUGAAAAUGUGCUUGAAGAGCAAAUAAUACGUUCAAACAGAAACAAAAACAAGAUGCAAAGUUAUCAGAUGUCCGAACGUAAUGUACGUUCUGCAGCGUUAAAAGCAAUUAAACAACAGUUAUCCGAAUAA